UCUGCGCAUGCCCAAAGCUCGUCCACCAUAGCAGUGUGACUGGCAAGACUAGUUGCCAGAGUGUGAUCGUAUUGCCAGGAAAUUGGCUGAAUUCUAAUUUGUGGGCAAGUCGAGUCAUUCUUUAUUUAUUUAAAUCAACCCAACUGCGCGUUAAGUUUAUUUCUUGUUUCAGUUCUGAAGGACUGUUCCCUUGUUCCAGAGCUUUUGUUGAGAAGUUCGCGUUUAUCGCGGCAUUGUUUGUGUUCAUUUGCCGGUUUAUAUUAACUUCAUACAGUGUGAAAGUCGCGUUCAGUUUCUUAUUUUAUCCCCAGACGCGCGUCGCUUAUCACGCGCACUUUGAUACAUCGUAACAUUUUUUCGGUUUUCGCGAAAAUGGCCGCAACUACGUUCGAAAUGGACGGAAGUGUAAUGGAAGGGGGGGGACAGAUUUUAAGGGUGUCUGCGGCGCUGAGUUGCAUCCAAGGGGCGUCAAUCAAAAUAAAUAAAAUCCGAGCCGGUAGAAGCACACCAGGUUUGAGGCCUCAGCAUCUGUCAGGUCUCGAACUGGUGAGAGACUUGUGCAACGGCAAUCUGGAGGGAGCCACAGUGGGGUCCUCAGAAAUUACGCUCACUCCUGGGAAAAUUAAGGGUGGGAAUCACAUCGCUGACACUCAGACGGCUGGAAGCGUGGGACUGCUGAUGCAGAUAUCCCUGCCGUGCGCCGUGUUUGCUCAGGGUCCGUCCGAGCUGUGCCUGAAGGGAGGAACCAAUGCUGAGAUGGCACCUCAGAUCGACUACACAAUGAAGGUCUUCAAACCAAUCGUGGAGAGAUUCGGAGUUCAGUUUGACUGCGAUUUAAGAAUGAGAGGAUACUAUCCUAAGGGAGGUGGUGAGGUGGUGCUCAAGGUGAACCCUGUGAAGGAACUGAGUCCCAUCAACAUGACAGAAAGAGGAAACAUCACCAAGAUCUAUGGAAGGGCCUUUGUAGCUGGAGUGCUGCCCUUCAAGUUGGCGAAGGACAUGUCCACGGCAGCAGUUCGCACUAUCAGGAAAGAAAUCAAAGACCUGUAUAUCAACAUUCAGUCUCUGCAAGAGAAAGACAAGGCCUGUGGAAACGGCAAUGGGAUCAUAAUAAUUGCAGAAUCAUCCACCGGCUGCAUAUUUGCAGGGUCAUCUCUUGGCAAAAAAGGUGUGUAUGCUGACAAAGUUGGCAUUGAGGCUGCAGAAAUGUUGCUAAGGAACAUCAGACAUAAUGGUUGCGUGGACGAGUUCUUGCAAGACCAGCUUAUUAUUUUCAUGGCCUUGGCAAACGGCACAUCCAGAAUGCGAACUGGCCCAGUAACACUCCACACGCAAACGGCAAUCCACGUCGCUGAGCAGCUCACGAAUGCGAAAUUUGUUAUACGCAAAGCAGAGGAUGAGCACGGCAACAACGACACCUACAUAAUCGAGUGCCAGGGAGUGGGUGCAACCAAUCCUAGCUUGUAAACGCACAGAUCCGUCGUCCUUGGCUUGUCCCCAGCCGAGAUAAGGAGGACUUGUAGCAGAAACACACUACUACUGUAACCGACUGGAUGACGCAAAGAUAAAAUCAUUAUCUUUACGUUUUUCACGAUUAACGAUUAGCUUUCUUGCGCUGACCACCACGUCAGUCCAUAUUUGUCCCUUACGACUGUUGUGUCCCCCUCCAAAACUUUUGUUGUUACUCAGGGUAUUGCCUUACACUGUACUGAAAUGUCACCUUCGCAAUAUUCGCCCAAUCCUGUCGCAUCAGUCAAAUUUGUUUUUCGCACGCUAACACAAGCCUUAAAGUUUCAUUAAACCCUUUCAAUACUGCGGUCUGCUGUUAACGAUAACUAUAGCCUAAUCAAUUUGCAUGGACGUAGUAAAAUACAUGUAUGUCACUGGUAAAUUUAGUGCACUGUGUGUACGCGGAGGAAAAGUUUUCCAUCCAAGUUUUGGUUCCAUGUAGCUGCUUUUUUUUUUUUUUUUUUUUUUUUUUUUUUUUUUUUGUAUUUGUUAUUUAAGUCAUUGUGUUGGUAAGAAACAAAUUUCCGAAAUUCCAUUGCCAUCUUACUAUAUUUUCAUUGCAGUUAUUAGACUUUAUUGCUUUAAUUUUGAUUCUGAAAAUGUUUCAUUCUUGGUUUGUUAUUUAUAAGAUGGAAUUUCAGAUUUUUUUUUUGAUGCAUUUAUUUUUGCUUUUUUUUGGCUACUUUAGGUGACCAUGUUCUUUUGUUAUUUGCAUUAAAUAACUUUUUUUCUUUUUUUUUUUUGAGGAGAAAAAUACAAUAAAAUGUUUGAUAGACACAAUA